UUGUCACAGAGGACAUUUUACUAUUAUAGUGAAUAGACUAUGAUGAUAGAAACAAAAAUGCAAUGAUUUUUUGAGAAAGCAGAAAUAAAUUUUAUAAGUAUAUAAAAGAGAUUGUUGAAAGAGGGAAAUUCUUUUUUUUUUUUUUUUCAGAUAAUGCGGCACCUCCACCCGUUUUGUCAGUCAGCAGGGGACAGUGAGUUGUUAGACUCAAGAAAUAGGGUAUGGCGACUGGCAGCUAAGAAGGCAAUGCAUUUCAAGGGUACUGCUUCCUCGUGGGGUGGCCACUUCAAAGAGGCCAUUGUGGUUAGCUGUUUGUCAAGAAGGUGUUACACACUGGUAAGAUCCAUCAUCACAACAAGAAGAACUAUGUUUAUGAAAGUCACUGGUUUUCUGUUUCGUGGGUUUUGUGGUUGCAAAGACGAAGGUCUGAUGUAUGCCCUCUUGAAGAGAUGGGACCAGGGGGAUAUCAGUUCAAAUGAUGUUAAUGAACGCCUUAAGGAAGAAAAGGCUUCAAGUCGGCCAGUAACGGAAGUGGAGACAUUAAAAACAGAAAACGCCCGCUUGGAGGCCAUGGUUUCGCAACUGCAAGCCGAAGUACGUACUUGA